UGCACUCUCAGCCCAAACUCGCUGCCGCUCUCCGGUGACGCCGGAGCCGAGCCCGCAGCGCGGAGCACGCCAGGUGCGCCGCCGCCCGCCGGGCUGGAGUGACGUAGCGAGCGCCGAUUGGCGGCUGGGGCGCUGCGGCCGUGAGGCGAGGCUGGGCAGGGGAGGAGGCUCUGCGCCGGCCGCACCGAGCAGCUUCCCUCCACCGUCGCCCCCGCCAGCCCAGCCAUGGCGUACGGUGGCCUGACGGUGCCCUUAAUUGUCAUGAGCGUUUUCUGGGGGAUGGUUGGCGGCGUCCUGCCGUGGCUCGUACCCAAGGGGCCUAACCGCGGUGUUAUCAACACAAUGCUGGUGACAUGUGCUGUUUGCUGCUACCUGUUUUGGCUGAUUGCAAUUCUGGCUCAACUCAACCCUCUCUUUGGGCCACAGUUAAGCAAUGAAACAAUCUGGUAUCUUAGAUAUGACUGGCCUUAAGGAUCUCUGUCCUCUGCUGCAAUUCAUUGACCAGGUAAAGAAAAGAUUUCUUCCAGAUGAAAAACUCCACUGACCCAAAGAUGCUCUUACGUAGUCGAUUGGAUACCAAACCUGCAUUAAUGCCUUAACCUUUCUAUUGUGCUUUAAAAUGGGUUGCUCAAAGCCCUGUGUUUUUUCCUACCAUACCACUUAACAGUGUGCCUAAUGAAAUUUAUACUUCAUCGUUACUGUAAACUUUUGUCUGUUAAUUUCAGAUACAAUGAAAAGUUCUGAAUUUUUUAUGGCUCAUGUUUCAUUUCACUCUGUGUAUAUCUUACAGAUCUUGGGUUGACUGUUCACCCCUGUCCUGUUUGAUGGCUCUUGAAAAAGAUGUGUGCAAUUAAAAUCUCUGAAGAGAAACAGUGGUGCCACUUGUUAAUGGCAUUCAUUUUUUAAAAUUAACUUAUAUUCCUUGGAAAUUUGGUCUUCAGUUUCUCAUACCUGGAAAUAAAAUCGAUCCUCUGCUUUAUACAAAGUGCUCUCAUGCCAUGUUUAACUGUUACGAUGUGGUUUUCUGUGGGUUUAAUCAGUUGGACAGAGUUGAGCCUGUUGAAACUUAAAUGUGGAUAAAUUGUAAUAAAUUCAUAUUAAUGUGA